AUGACUGAUACGCCAUCUCAGCCGCUACCCCUUGAUCCUCGCGAGCAGCCUAUAUUGGAGUCUCUCACUCAAAUACGGAAUGAAUUGACACUUUUAAAGCAAGAUAGAACGACAUACAUCAAGGCCGCAGAUGUACUCAAUCUGCAGGAUAAAGUAGAUGAACAAGUUCAGCUUCUUAAUGAAAUAAGGGCAGAUAAGCCCCAUGAGCAGAACCGAGUGGAUCGCGUUUUGGAUGGAUGCUUCCAACUACUCUCCUUGUUCUUCAUGACCAUUGGCAAAACCAACGAAGCACCCGCAGCUUAUUCCCUCACGUCUACGAUCAAGCGCCUGCUCGACCAUCUUACCGAAGUUGAUCUAUAUUGCGAAAAAGAUUUAGAACACAUUGCGCAGACCCUUGAGAGGCUCAAGGGCAUUGUGAAGAAUGCUAAGCCGUCUUACUCGCCUCGGCUUCUCACUCUUCUUGGUAACAGAAUUGACAUCUGCCAGCGCUCAUUGAAUAAUUUGAGCACACGACUAGAACGAAUCAGCCCAGAAAUAUCACCUAUUCAUGAAAAGAUCAUAUCGAUAUUGAGAUCAAUAUCAUUAGCAAAUACUAGAAGCAAGUUCUCGACAACGGAGGUGACGAAGCUUCAAGCUCAAAUAAAAGAGAUCGAUUCCCAAAGAGUUGAUGGCAAGUUCGUAACCGUUUCUGGGGAAACACCUUCAGGCAACGACGAUGUUUGUGAUCAUCUAGAAAGAUGUUUAAAGUGGGCGGAAAUUGUCCUCGAAAGAAAGGGGCAAUUUCCGGAAGCUUUCCAUGGGACUUACUCCACCCUGGUCGAGAUUCGAAAUAAACUUGAGAAGCUAUCUUUGACUCAAGCUUGGUCAUUGAGGGAAACAGAUUUGUACGACUUCCAGCGGCAACUAGACAAAAUCGACGAAAAUCGUGUAGAUGGAAAUUUCGUUGAUGCUGAAGGGAAUUUUGCCGAAUUAUACGUUCAGCGGACUCUACUUUAUCUGAUCAGACGUAGCUAUGCAUAUCUUUAUUUCCUCAUGGUGUCCUCCGAGCCCGUUUCCGAGGCACUUCUUCCAGUCUACAACCAACUUCAGACUCUACGCCGAUGUCUCAUUGAAGUUAAGAACUCCGGAGGUUUGAAUUCAAUCGACAACAUGCGUGUAGACGGUAAAUUUAUGGUCGGGCCAGAUAUUCCUGAAGGUCAGGGCAGCGUCACUGAUCUCCUUGCAGAAUGCUUUGAGCUUAGUUAUGAUCUACGUGUUGCCGCGGAGAACGAAAGCGAUGUGUAG